UCUGCGCUCUGCUGAGAUGCCUUGCUUUCGUACCACAUGGCACGACUGCACGAGAGUCAAGAUAUGUUAUGAAGGAGCAGAUUGAAUACUUAGACAUACCUUAAAUUUAAAUUACUAGUGGACUGUAAGAGAAAUCUAAAACAGAAAAUGUCGCAGUUACAAGCGAGGUUCUUCACGGAAGACAAAAGGUAUGCAGUAGAUGAUGUCCCAUUCUCCAUCCCUGCUGCCUCUGAGGUGCUGGACCUCAGCAAUGUCAUCAACAAGCUGCUGGAGGCUAAAAAUGCAUCUCACAGCAAUGUGGAGUUCGACUUCCUGGUCAGGGGUCAGUUUCUGCGAACGUCGCUGUCCAUUCACAUGGACACAGAAGGCAUAUCAACGGAAGAGGUGGUGGAGAUCGAGUAUGUCGAGCGGAUCACAGCCCCAGAACCUGAGGAGUGCAUGAUGCACGAUGACUGGAUUAGCGCCGUAGAUGCAGAUGCUGAAUGGAUCCUAACAGGAUCAUACGACAAGACGGCUAAGAUCUGGUCCGUGGAGGGAAAGGCAGUGAUGACGGUAGCCGGACACACAGACGUGGUUAAAGACGUAGCAUGGGUCAAAAGAGAUGGUCUGAACUCCCUGCUUCUGACGGCCUCUCUGGACCAAACCCUGCUGCUGUGGGAGUGGAACUCUGAGAGGAACAAGGUGAAAGCCGUACACUGCUGCCGGGGACACACGGGCAGCGUCGACACUGUAGCAACAGACCCCACCGGCUCAAAGUUCUGCAGCGGCUCCUGGGACAAAAUGUUGAAGAUUUGGUCAGCAGUUCCCACAGACGAGGCAGAUGAGGUAGAAGAGCCUGCCGACAGACCGAGGAAGAAACAGAAGACUCAACAGCUGGGCCUCACCAGGACUCCCCUCAUGACGUUAUCUGGACACAACGAGGCUGUGUCCUCCGUCCUGUGGUGCGACAGUGAGGAAGUUUGCAGUGCAUCAUGGGACCACACCAUCCGUGUGUGGGACGUCGAGACGGGAGAGAUGAAGACUACGCUGACGGGCAGCAAAGUGUUUAACAGUAUUUCCUACUCACCUCUCUGUCGGCGGCUGGCCUCCGGCAGCACUGACAGACACAUCAGGCUGUGGGACCCCCGCACCAAAGACGGCUCUCUGGUGCUGCUGUCUAUGACCUCUCACACCGGCUGGGUCACCGCGGUGAAGUGGGCGCCAGCCCACGAGCACCAGCUGGUGUCCGGUUCCCUCGACAACCUGGUCAAACUGUGGGACACCAGAAGCUGUAAGGCUCCUCUGUAUGACCUGGCUGCUCACGAGGACAAAGUGUUUUGUGUGGACUGGACAGAAAGUGGGCUGAUGUUGAGCGGAGGUGCAGAUAACAAGCUGUACACCUACAAAUAUUCUGGUGUUCAGACGGAUGCGGGGGCAUAGGCUGAACAGCAUGGACACAGACAUAAGGACAGAACGAUGGACAGUAUCAGUGUUGUGACACGCAGUGCUUUUGAAUUGUGUACAGUACAAAUCUAUCCUUGCCUGGUUCUCCGCUGUCCUGGUUAUUUUUACCCUUCUAAACUUUUACACAUAUUUUCUUAUGGAUUGUCUUUGUUUUUCCUGUAAUCCCAACAAAGUAUAAAUUAAUUGUGUCUCGUGAAA